AUGUCAGCACCCUCCCCUCUGACUAGAAGGCGAAAGGGCCGCGCUGACUCUCCCAGAAGCUCGAAUGACACUGCCAGUGUCCCUGUGGCACCAGUCAAGGCCAUCCAGACCACCAAUGGCUCCAAUGGCACUGAUGGAAAUGGUGUCUCUGUCACGAAGGAACUCAGUACUUUGAAUGAGAUCAGCAAGCAAACCGUUCUGAACACUACAUUUGAUGUCUUCAUGAAGACCGAGCUUGCAGUCGAAGCUCGCAAAUUCGACUGUGUGAAGCAUGUCCGCCCGGCUCAGUUCCCAGAGGCUCUCGGAGCUUUGCCUUUCCCUCAAGAGCUCAGAGGGCUCGUAGCCUGGACUGAUGCAUUUGUUGAGCGACUCGGGUGGGCCGCCUUGCAGGCAGAACAGAAAACCGCUAGCAAGCAGACGUCCCUUACCCGUGCCGAGCAGAAGAUUGAAAGUCUCAAUCUCCGUAUUCAGGACCUACAGACAAAGCUUCACGACUCCGUUGGCAUGAACCACAAGCUCAAGGGUGAGAUCUCUCACCUGACCAGCCGCAACCGAGCCCUCGAGGAGCAACACAAGUGGGAUGUCGAGCAGAUCGAGUCUUUCAACAACACCAUAUCCGAGAAGCAGACGAUGAUCUGGGGUUUGACCAAGGAGAAUGAGAAGCAGAGAGCUAGCAAGGAUGUCGAAACCCAGGUGACUGCCACCAAAGACGCCCUGGCAAAGGCAGACAUUGCGGAGGCUCGUUUCAAGAAUCUGGAGGCGGAGAAUGCUCGACUGGUCACAUUGGAUGCUCAGCUUUCAGAGCGUGUCCUAUCUAUCACCGAGCAGCUCAAGAGACUUGAGGCAGAGUUCGGAGCCUCCGAGGGACAGAAGGCGACCCUGGAGGCAUUGCUUGCCGAGCUCAAGAAGAAGGAGACCAAUGCUCAGAUCGAAAUUCAAAACCUCCAUCAGAAGCUGCAUGAUGCUAAGGAGAGCGUGGAGGAUGCCAAGGAGAAGGUCCUUGCUGCGAAUGAGCAUGCUAGGGCUCACUGGGAUAUUCUCCAGGCCAUUCGGGUUGACGGUGGUUGGUCACGAACGGACAAGGGAGAUGUCUGUGAUAUCAAACUGGCACCUUCUGUCUGCCGGCUCCCUGAAUCUCAGACCCAACCCAUCGCUGAGAUCAACAACCCAUUCAACAACUGA